AUGACCGCCGAUUGCCUCUCGUCUCCCUCUCCUUUUAUGAUUUCUGCAAUUCCGCCCCCGCGGCCCGUUUCGGUCAAUGCCCUCGCGAGAACCACUUCGGUUUCAAAUCCGGUCUCAUGCACAAAAUCAACCCGAAGCACAAGCGCCGAAAUUCCGGCCCAUGAGGAAUCCUUCGUACCCGUGGGUCCCGAUCCCCCGGGAUGGGCCCAGUCUCCAGUGGAUACCGAGAUGGAGGAUGUGCAAUCGGCCGAGACACCAUCGCCAUGCCAAUCUAAGAUCCAGUUCGAACACCUUCCAGUCGAGAUCCACGAGACCAUUCUCGACUAUUUGUUCGGUGAACGCUCAUCAACCUUCACAUCGGCUUGCGGGAAAUCACCUACGCGGAGUUGGAACAAAUCUUUGCGGCAUCCGAGGCGGAAAGCUCUUUCAAAUCUGGCCCUGAUCUUGCCGGUGUGGAGAGUUUUGGUGCAAGAUCGGAUCUACAGACACAUAAAACUCAAGGGAACCACAGAUGAGCUGGAGGAAAGUGCACGCUGGUUCCGUGCACAUCCUCAUCUAGCGUUCUAUGUCCGUCAUGUGGAGAUAUGGAUACCCGUCUGGGGUCAGCGAGCAGUCAGGUAUCCGUCGCGACUGCUUCCUAGGAGACAAAACAACCAGACUGGCACCUUGACUAACGCGGCUGCUAUUCAGGCGACAAUGGCAUGGGAUGAGCCGGUCUCCAACCCAGCGACUGACUACAAGUAUCACUAUGCAAGCCACAAUGCAACCUUAGAAGAAAUGUUUGUUCAUGUACAGAACGUAUUCCCGGGGGCUCGUAUACUCACUCUGGAAGGGGGUCACUGCAAAAAGCCGCCAAUGGUAUGUCAUUUCAGAAAUGACCCGGCCGGACGUACAUGCCGUCAACUUCCCGUGCUGCCGGACAUCCAAACAUUCGUGAUGCGUGGCGCUUGGAACAUCAUGCGCGAUCACCAACACUGGUUAACUUUGUCUCAAGCCUUACCGAGCGUCCGGGAAUGGCAUUGUGCGUACGCAAAGCCGAAGAUUGAAGGGUACGAGACAAUUGCCGGGAUCCUCCGCCGCCUGCCGCCGACACUGGUACACAUCAAUAUCAGCCUAGAAGGUUUCUAUAGCAAGGACAGCUCCCAAAACCGAUGGCUCGGCGAUGGUGCCAAUCCACCACAUCUAUGCCGCCUGCUCGGCGAGGUCGCUCCGCGCCUAGAGUCGCUCACAUUCACAGGCAAGGUCUGCUCCUGUCUCUUCGAAUCCGCUCGAACCUUCAUGAACAACUGGCCAUCCAAAUCAAAGCUCAGAUCGCUGGACCUAGUCGUGAAAACCUGCUGUCGAGACAAAAAGCUCCACCCGAGCCUUCCUUUCCUCGGCGAAUUCUCCGGAAUCACAAACCUGAACUUCAUUCGCGCCUUCGAGAAGCUUGUCAUAUCUGCAAUCACCGGGCUCCAAAUCCACCAGGAACUCGAGUACAUGCGCAUCCGCUUUAUCGACCUCGACUCAGCUUGUCCACCUCUCAACCCCUACUUCCAGCUCGUGGGCACUAGCUGCACAGGCCUCUGGAAUGAACCCAUCCUCGAAGCCCUGCACUCCGCCCGUCCAAAUGCCCAGUUUGUCAAGCUCUCUGAUGGCAUUGCUCCCCAAUAUAACCACCACCAUCAGGUCGUGGGCGCGAUAUACCCUCGUACCCGACCGCUAAGCAUCCACGCAUCCACUUACAGGAUCAUAGCCGAUGUGCCAAAACCCUGA